CCCCCCCACACUGACACAGAGCUGCUUCAGGCUGCACGAGUCCCCGCAUCUGGAGAAGAUAGGACGGGCAUUUUUGGCAUCUGGAUAACUGUCUCCGUCUAACUCCUGGAGACACAACCCGGUUCAUUACUGCGAGUAGAUCUAACCCGGCAGAUAACCCCCUCCUCUACACAGAUUCAGGUGAUGCCUCUCCUCAGGACUCUGCUGUCAGCCCUGCUGCUGGUUCUGUCUGUGUCUGAGCCUCUGAACAGCCCAGAGGAAAAUGAAAAUGAAGUCUUUAAACACCCAGAGGCGGAGCACACCAAGAGCCAGAAUCAGGUGAUGGAAAAUGUCAUUGGAAAUCUCAGUGAGCCUACACCGAGCACAGCUUUAGAGUCCCUGACUACCACAGUUCCUCCGAGCACCAGUCUUCCUCCUCAGUGUCCGGGAAACCAGGUGAAGCUGGAGAACAGCAGCGUCUGCAGCUGUCCAUCUGGCAUGGUGAAGGACGGAGACAACUGUAGCUGCCCUGGGGGCUUCACUCUGGAGGGGGCCGCAUGGUGUAAAGCAGCUCCCCUGACUACCACAGUUCCUCCGAGCACCAGUCUUCCUCCUCAGUGUCCGGGGAACCAGGUGAAGCUGGAGAACAGCAGCGUCUGCAGCUGUCCAUCUGGCAUGGUGAAGGACGGAGACAACUGUAGCUGCCCUGGGGGCUUCACUCUGGAGGGGGCCUUAGGGUGUAAAGCAGCUCGCCUGACUACCACAGUUCCUCCGAGCACCAGUCUUCCUCCUCAGUGUCCGGGGAACCAGGUGAAGCUGAAGAACAGCAGCGUCUGCAGCUGUCCAUCUGGCAUGGUGAAGGACGGAGACAACUGUAGCUGCCCUGGGGGCUUCACUCUGGAGGGGGCCGCAGGGUGUAAAGAUGUUGAUGAGUGUGAAGCGGGGGGUCCAUGUGGUCUCCACGCCGACUGCGCUAACACACCCGGAUCCUACUCCUGUAGCUGUCUCCGUGGUUACCUGAUGGGUGCUGGAGGGUGCAAGGAUAUAGAUGAGUGUGCUCUGGCGGCGGUGACUGGCCUGCAGGCGUGUCACGGCGAUGCUGAAUGUAGAAACACACCCGGCACCUUCACCUGCUCGUGUCCUGCAGGAUAUGUAAUGGCUCUAAAUGGACGAAGUUGUGUAGAUGUGGAUGAGUGCAGCUUCGAGGAUCAGUGUCGCCGUGAGCUGGGUAACGAGUGUGUGAACAUUCCCGGCAGCUUUACGUGCCGCUGCCGGCCGGGGUUCAGAGCCGAGGCCCGCGCCUGCGUGGGUCCUGUGUGUCAAGACUACAACGUGUGUCAAGAUAUGGACGAAUGCUCAGAGAGUCCUGCGGUGUGUGAUGGUCAGGGUGUGUGUGAGAACACGCUUGGGAGCUACAAGUGUGUGUGUCGACCAGGUUACCGGGGAAACGGCACACACUGCGCAGAUAAGAAUGAGUGUGCGUCAGGUGAUCACGGGUGUGACAUCAACGCUAGCUGUGGGAACAUCAUCGGCUCUUAUUUCUGCCAAUGCUACCAGGGCUUCAAUGGAGAUGGCCACUCUUGUUUUGAUAUUGAUGAGUGUGCUCUGAACAACGGCCACUGCCAACACAACUGCUCCAACCAACCAGGAAGCUUCAGCUGCCGGUGUGCCUCAGGCUACCAGCUGCUGCAGGAUGGACUCACCUGCACAGAUGUGGAUGAGUGUUUGGCAGUGAACGGGACCUGUGAUCACAUUUGCAUGAACACUCAGGGAUCUUUCCAGUGCUCCUGCAGGGCCGGAUACCAGCUGCACAUCGACAGCCACACCUGCGUGGAUAUUGAUGAAUGUAAGCUCCAGCGUGGUGGCUGCUCUCAAACCUGCACCAACUCUCCAGGAGGACACAUCUGCCACUGCCCUGCCCCCCUGCUGCUGCACAGCGACAACCACACCUGCAUCAAUGUCACUUCUUGUAAGCUGAGAAACGGUGGCUGUGAACACGUCUGCAGCGUGAGAGCGGAGGGUCAGAUCCGCUGCAGCUGCACAGCCGGCUGGAAGCUCGGCGACGACCAGAGGAGCUGCGUCGAUGUGAACGAGUGCGGGGACUUUACAAACGGAGGCUGUGAGCAGCUCUGUGUGAACCAUCCUGGAGCGUUUCACUGCAGCUGCCGGGGGGGCUACGAGGUUCAAACUGACGACCGCACCAAGUGCAAGCCUGUGUGUAACACUCAGUGUCAGAACUAUGGAGUGUGUGUGGCUCCAAACAGCUGUGACUGUCCUCCAGGCUACCCUGGACUGGGCUGCUCAGCCUCGUGCUCCCCACCCUGUGCUCACGGAGGAACCUGUAUGCGCUGGAACAAAUGUCUGUGUCCUCCUGGCUGGAAGGGAGCAGGAUGCCACACAGCGGUGUGUGAGCUGCCCUGUGCUAACGGUGGUCGCUGUGUGGGGGCCUGAAAACCUGCCAGUGUCCCUCUGACUACACCGGCCCCCAGUGCCUCCUGCCCUUGUGCAGUCCUGUCUGCAGAAACGGGGGAAGAUGUGUGGAUGUCAACAAAUGCACAUGUGUUGGUGGUUGGCAAGGAGCUCGCUGCCAAAUAGAGCCCGUUCAGUGUCACAAACCAUGUAAAAACGGUGGAGUGUGUGUCGGCCUCAACAGGUGCCGCUGCGUCAAAGGAUAUACUGGAAUUCACUGUGAAACGGCUCUGACCACGCCCUGUGUGCCGCCCUGCCAACACGGGGCCACCUGCAGUCCUCACAACACCUGCA